CUUUUCAAUUCGUCUGUUAGGUUCUUCGUAGUUGACUGCCCAUGUAACUGUAUACUCCGUGAUGAGACCAAUUUAUGCUGGCCGAAAUGCAGGAGAUAUGAUUGGUCAUGCGAAGCCAUCGGAGUAGAUGACUCAGCGACCAUGCUGCCUCAGGCCACCAACCUCGGCAGGUGAUGAACGCCGAAGCCGCCAGCUUCACGUCUUUGGAUAGCUUCGUCUGACUCAACGGUUCCCCUCCGUCGCGCUUUCACGAUUGAUUCGUCGAUAGUUUCUUCUUCUUCUUCACAAUGGAAGUGGCCUCCAGGCAUACAGCGAGGCUGCUCCGGUCUCUCCCUAGCAGCUCUUACCGGUUAAUCCACAACUCUCGUCUUCCUGCCUCCAGUCUCACAACCACGAACACCCUGAACCGCAUUCGACGACGAAAUGUCUCCACGUCAUCUCGAAGACAGGCACCCGAACAGUCCCUUCUGAACUUCGGAGGUGGACCUUCGACGAGCGGCGGCAUGCCUGCCUACUUUGCGAACCACUCGACACUUCCUAUGAACACCGUCAUCCGCUUCGUCCCUCAACAGACCGCGUGGAUUGUAGAGCGCAUGGGAAAGUUCCACCGGAUCUUGGAUCCCGGUCUUGCGAUUUUGAUCCCGUUCCUCGACCGUAUUGCCUACGUGAAGAGCUUGAAGGAAUCAGCCAUCGAGAUACCCAGCCAGAAUGCCAUUACGGCGGACAAUGUGACCUUGGAGCUUGACGGUGUGCUGUAUACGAGAGUUUUCGAUGCCUACAAGGCAAGCUACGGCGUGGAGGAUGCCGAGUAUGCCAUCUCCCAGCUUGCGCAGACUACCAUGCGCUCGGAAAUCGGCCAGCUUACACUCGACCACGUGCUCAAGGAGCGUGCGACACUAAAUACCAACAUCACCCAGGCCAUCAACGAGGCGGCUCAGGCGUGGGGCGUGACCUGCCUGCGAUACGAGAUCCGGGACAUCCAUGCCCCCGACGGUGUGGUGGCUGCCAUGCAUCGUCAAGUGACGGCCGAGCGGUCCAAGCGAGCGGAGAUUCUCGAAUCCGAGGGUCAGAGGCAGAGUGCGAUCAACAUCGCCGAGGGUCGCAAGCAGUCCGUCAUUCUGGCUUCGGAGGCCAUGCGCGCUGAACAGAUCAAUCGCGCCGAUGGUGAGGCCGAGGCCAUCUUGCUGCGAGCGCAGGCUACCUCCCGCGGCAUCGACGCCGUCGCCCGUGCCAUCGAGGCCGGCAAGGAGAACGCCCACGGUGCUGUCAGCCUCAGCGUGGCUGAGAAGUACGUGGACGCGUUCUCGAAAUUGGCCAAGGAAGGUACUUCGGUGGUUGUCCCCGGCAAUGUUGGUGACCUGGGUGGAAUGAUUGCGAACGCCAUGGCUGUCUACGGCAACGUCAGUGGCAGUCAGGCGAAGACCAUCGCGGCCAAGACCCUGGGAGUGCAACAGUCAGCUUCGACGGAGUCUCCUUCUACCAAGCCUGAGCAGGAAAAGAAGGAGGGAGUCGUUGGGGAUGUGCUGCAGAGUUUCGACCAGUCCACCGAGAGUAGGUGAAUCGGAAGUCGGAAGUCUUGAGUGACAACCCGCAACUAUUGCUUUCCCUUUACUAUUUGAUAUCUACCUGAUCCUCCUCUCCUGUGAACCCUUUCCUAAUUCCCUACUCUUACGAUUGCUUAUGGACGAGCCUGAAAACUUCCUCCUUCCCACCUCGUGUAUUCUACCCCUGUCAUUAUUACCUUUCUCCUUUGACUGUCAGUCAGCCCCCC